GGAGGAGCCAAACAAUAGAAUACCUCGGAGCUCGAGAGCAGACAGAUGAAAUAGCUACAGUACUAAGUGGUUACAAAGUGACUCGUGUCUGUCGACUCACCUGUUGUCAUUUUGUCCCAGAGAGAGUCCCCUGCCAGGCUACCCUGCCGUGAAAGGACCAGUCAUUGGACAGUAUAGUGACAGUGUGCUGUGUCUACUAGCAUCAUGGCUGCCAGCCAGCAGAAAGGCACUGCAGUUCUGGAAAGUUCAGCAGAGGGAAAGAGAACGGAACUCAGGGCUAAUGAAGUACUGAAGAAAUGCUCAUGGGCCUCUUACAUGACCAACUCCCCCACUGUGAUUGUGAUGAUUGGUCUUCCUGCCAGAGGGAAAACCUACAUGUCCAAGAAGCUGACCCGCUACCUCAACUGGAUAGGAGUGCCAACCAAGGUAUUCAACCUGGGGGUCUACAGGCGAGAGGCUGUGAAAGCUUACAAGUCCUAUGACUUCUUCAGACACGACAACGAGGAGGCCAUGGAAAUCAGGAAGCAGUGUGCUCUGGUGGCUCUGCAGGAUGUCAAAGCUUAUCUGACUGAAGAGGGGGGCCAAAUCGCUGUUUUUGAUGCCACAAACACCACCCGAGAGAGGAGAGAAUUACUCCUUAGUUUUGCAAAGGAACAUGCUUACAAGGUGUUUUUUGUGGAGUCAUUGUGUGACGACCCUGAUGUCAUUGCUGCUAAUAUUAUGGAUGUGAAGGUGUCCAGCCCAGACUACCCAGAAAGAGACAGAGAGAGUGUGAUGGAGGACUUCCUGAAGAGAAUAGAAUGUUAUAAAGUCAUGUACCAACCAUUAGACCCAGAUGAACACGACAAGGACCUGUCCUUCAUCCAGGUCAUCAACGUGGGCCGGAGCUUCCUGGUAAACAAGGUGCAGGACUACAUCCAGAGCAAGAUCGUGUACUACCUGAUGAACAUCCACGUACACUCUCACUCUAUCUACCUGUGUCGGCACGGAGAGAGCGACCACAACGUGGAGGGACGCAUCGGGGGCGAUGCAAUGCUGUCUGUUCAAGGGAAAAAGUUUGCUGGAGCGCUGAAGGGUUUUGUGGAGCAGCAUGGUCUGCCAGACCUCAAGGUGUGGACCAGCCAGCUGGGACGGACUAUCCAGACCGCUGAAGAGCUCGGGGUGCCCUACGAGCAGUGGAAGAUACUCAACGAGAUCGAUGCCGGUGUGUGUGAGGAGAUGACCUAUGAGAUGAUUGAGGAAACCUUCCCUGCGGAGUUUGCCUUAAGAGAUCAGGACAAGUACCACUACCGCUACCCAGGAGGAGAGUCCUACCAGGACCUGGUGCAGAGGUUAGAGCCGGUCAUCAUGGAGCUGGAAAGACAGGGCAACGUGCUUGUCAUCUGUCACCAGGCUGUCAUGCGCUGCCUGCUCGCUUACUUCCUGGAUAAGAGUGCUGAUGACCUGCCCUACUUGAAGUGUCCCCUCCACACAGUUCUAAAGCUCACCCCCAUGGCUUAUGGUUGUAAAGUGGACAUGUUUGACCUCAAAGUGGAGGCUGUGAACACUCACCGGGACAGGCCAUUAGAUAAAGUUUGUAAUGACGUCGUUCCCACCACAUUCCUCCGGAGGAACAGUUUCACUCCCCUGUCCAGUCACGACCAGGUGAAGCGUCCGCGCCUCUACAGCGCUGGCAACCCACCUCAAUCUCGACGGCCCCUGGCCCCCUUUAUACCCAGCAUGCAGUCCUUCGAGGACCCUGAGGGAGCAGAGUUGACACGAAGCCAAGAGUCUCUCAACUGCUUCAGCCCAGGGGACUCAGAAGACGCUGUUCGCAGUUGAAGAGGACAGAGACGGGUGUCUCCACUCCCCAACAUCCUCUCUGCCAUCAGACCUGGGUUCAAAUACUAUUUUAAAUAUUUGUACAUACCUUGAAUGUUUGCCAGGAGUGCCAGAUGGGCAGUGUUUGCACUUUGGGGGCUUUUCUAUUGAUUCCAUUUCAACAUGCAAGCACAGAUAAAGUAUUUGACAUGAUUUCAAAUAGUAUUUGAACACAGGUGCCCUCUGUCUGUACCUACUGUAGUCCCUCCACUCCAGGAGGAACCAUCACCUAACGCUCAGGCCUGCUACAUACCAUGCCAGCCUUAUCAUUUUGAUUGUCAAGCAGUGGUUCAAGCACACCACCUCAGCCACAAAUGGUCACAGCGUGUGGUUGUUGUAGUGGCCAGAAUUUGUUCUACAGCUGUUUAGUUUCUGUUGACAUCUGUUAGAUAGAUAUUGUGGUUGUGUGAGGGUGAAGAGCGAGAUGAUUUGAGAAAAACAUGGCCUUGCUUGCACACACACUUAUCAACAUUCAAAGUUGAAUUUACUCCAAUCAGAACUUUGGAAUGUUAAAUAGAGGAUAUCUUUGAG